AUGGCGUCAACCAGAAACAGAAAACCAGCGAAGAGUAAAAAUGCAAGCCCCGCUACAACUCCAGCAAAGAAAAAACGUCCAGUGACGCCCUCGUCGGGUGUGAUGACCCCACAGGAUACCAUAGAGGAGGUAGUUAUGUCAGGAGAAACUGCUGAAGAUAGUCCGUCUACCUAUACAGGAGAAACAGCUGAUAAAAUUCCUGUUUUCAAGGAUCCAAAUUUCGUGCAUUCCAGUAAAGGCACAGCAGCCACCAGUAAAAGAACAAGAGUUUGGAAAAAUUUAAAACAAAUUGUUGCUGCUGAAAAGUUGUUACCGUGGAAACCAGAUGAUGUGACAUAUGGGUCUAUUGAGGCACCUCCAUCUUUUAAACCAGCUAAGAAAUACUCUGACAUAUCAGGUCUACCUGCAUUAUAUAGAGAUCCAGAAACUAAGCUGAGGUAUACCACAGCAGAAGAAUACUCUCGUCUGAAAUUGAUGCCUAAUGAUCUGGUAACAGGAUGUCUAGCACUGCGCAAAGCCAACGCUCCUGUUCCGUGAUGUAGUGUAUAGAUGUUGAAGAAAUGAUUAAAUUUCAAACAUUGUCUAUAACACAAGAAGAGUAGGUAAGAAACUACUUUCACACAGGAAAUGUGUGCUGAGAAAUAGGAGCCUUGUGUAGGACCAGCAAGUCUAGUCAGAAAACAAUGCUGUGGACUACUGGGAUACAACAGCUGAUGUCCAUGUGGACUAAUUUGUGUAUUACUAUCAAUGAGAAGACAGAAAAUAUGUUUAUUUAUGUUGUGUUGUGCGAGAUAGAAGAAGAAUAAAGUGCCACACAUUGGUUAUCAGUAUUUCAUGACCAUGUGGCUCAAUUUAUCCGUCACUAUGUAAACUGGUGCCAAACAUAAGACAUUAUGUCAAAUGGCACCACAUGCAUUGUAUAUGUAAGUUGCUGCCACACAUCUCAUUGGUACCAAACAUUUGUUAUGCGAUAUGGUGCCACAUAUUUCAUUACUUGAAAUGAUGCCACUUGUUUUGAUUACAUAACGUGGUGUAAUAUCGUACAUCUCUCAUAGAUGUGGCAACCAGCAUCUCUUGUUAUGUGAUUUGAUGCCACAAACUCAAUCAUUACAUCAUGUGCUACAAUAUGUGUUAUUGUGUGAUAAAGGGGCCAAAAAUCAACUGUAAGGACACAGUUGUAAAAUGUCUCUUAAUCAGUAAUUAAAAUAUGUUGUUAAAUUUAAUGAUUUGGGCAUGUUUUGUCGAAACAGAUAUUGUAGGUAUUUUAUUACUAGUGAAACAUACAUUGUUGUAUAUAUCUGCUGCCUGGAACAAAAAUGUUUUUAUUUGAGAGCAAUGGUAAUUAAACGUUUUUGAUAUCAGCUACAAAGUUGGUACUUGUGUGCAACACAGAUUAACUGUCAUAGCCAGUAAAUGAUAUUAAAGAGACUAAACAAUCUUUAGCAUGCAGAGCAGGCAAGGUAGUUAUAACUAUAGGAUGUGAAAAUCUAUGCUGCAUUAAAAAAAAAAAUUGUCACUGUUUAACAGAAAGUUGUGUUGAGAAAAGGCUUUUUCUUGAGCUGUAUGUCCACUUGUGGUCAGAACAUCAAUAUUGAAUUUGAUUCCUCUGUAUAAAAAGUUCUAUCAUGGUAGUGUUCAGGUAUGACUUUCACAAUCAACCAUGAGCUACAUGUAUGUGUUUUCUUUCGUCUGGGACUUGCUUCACGCUUACAUCAACAGUAGAAUUUGGUUCCAACUUGCAUAAGGAUUAAAAUUACAUGAAAUAUACUUUAGGUUUAGGAUCAGCCUUAUGAUUAGACAUAGACCUACAAAAAUGUCCUCCAGUUUUGAGACCUGUCUCGGUCUUAGGUCUACAUCAGAUAUACUUCAGUUUUGGUACCUGUCUCAUGAUCCAGCAUAGAACUACUUAAGAUGUACUUCAAAUUUGUGAACAUUCUCAGGUUUAGAAGUACAUAAAUAUAGUAUUGUUUAGUUUUGGAACCUUCCCCAGGCCUGGAGGUACAUAAAAUAUAUUUUAGUUCCGGGAAUUUCCCCAGGUAUGGAAGUACAUUGUUUGCACUGAAGUUUCAGAACCUUCCCAGAGCCUGGUAGUACAUAAAAUAUACUUCAGUUAUGGGAUCUGCCACAGAAUCUACAUGUACACUGUACAGUGAAUGUAUUUUAGUUUUGGGGACCUGUAAAAUACACAUUUUAUGUAGGAACUAGUUCCAGGCUUAGAACUAAUUGUACAUGAAAUGACCUUUGUUUUAAUUACAUAAAAGCUCUUUAAUUUGGGACCUUCCUCAGGCUUUAGAAGUACAUACAAUGUCUAGUUUUGGGACCUUUUCUGGGCCUAGAACUACAAAACAUUUACUGUAGAUAUGAUUUGGUUCCAGUUUUAGAUAUUUUAUGGUUUUGUGAUUUACUCGGCAUGUUACACUUAAAAGCUGUGCCAAGUACUAUUGUUUGGAAGUGUGUGGAAUCUGCUGCAUGAUUAGUACUGAUUGUGCUUUGUAAUAGCUCGUCUAAUAGAAUAUAAAAAAAAACAAGUAAAUACAAUCUGUAUGUUUUAUUACAGUAAUAUAUACUUAUCAUUUUCA